GAAAGCAGCAGUGGUGGUGGAUAUUACACUGGGCUUUUACCUCAUUAAAUCGGCAUACCGGAGGUGUUAUUACAAACUGCAGAUGUCGUACCUUUCCCACGAGAUUUCUUUUUUGCCUCACUCGCAGCAACUUGUCAGGCGGCCUCACUCAGUCUCGCGCUAUUUAUGAGGGGCUCUCCCUGUGGGUGUCACACAGGUCUGAUGCUGCAGCUGCUCCUUCCUGUAUUGAAGCACCAACAGCCACAGCCAGAGCCCUUCCUCGCUUCAGAGCCCCGCACACCCCGAGCCGAAACACCGGAGGAAUUUGUCGCUGCUGCGGGGGGGGUGAAGCGAGCCGAGUCGGUGUCCCGGUGUUAGCUUGCGGUGUCUGGCCGUUGUGUGGCGCGAGCUGAGAGGCGAGGAGGCUGCACGUUAGGACCGAGAGACCCAGGGCACGAUUUUUCCUGGAACUGGUGCUAGCUAGGAGCAGCUAGGCGGCUAGUGGCUAGUAGCAGCAGAAAGUCGUUUUAGGGUAGUUACUGACAUGGCUCCCAAAAGAAGACCCGUUCCCUUGAACAUUAAGCCCAUUGGGGAAGGACAGGCCACCUCCAACACCAUUGAUGCUGCAUCUGAAGCCAACCUCGAGGCCUUACAGAAGAAACUCGGAGAGCUGGACCUUGACGAACAACAGAGGAAAAGACUGGAAGCCUUCCUCACCCAGAAAGCUCAGGUCGGGGAGCUGAAAGACGAGGAUUUUGACCCCAUAUGCGAAUUGGGUGCAGGAAAUGGAGGAGUGGUCAACAAGGUCCGCCACAAACCCUCGGGUUUGGUGAUGGCUCGCAAGUUGAUCCACCUUGAAAUCAAGCCUGCCAUCAGAAACCAGAUUAUCAGAGAGCUGCAGGUGCUGCAUGAAUGCAACUCCCCCUACAUUGUAGGCUUCUAUGGGGCCUUUUACAGCGAUGGGGAGAUCAGCAUCUGUAUGGAGCACAUGGAUGGUGGAUCCUUGGACCAGGUCCUGAAGGAGGCUGGACGAAUCCCAGAAGAAAUCCUUGGAAAAGUUAGCAUAGCUGUAUUGAGGGGAUUGGCCUACCUGCGGGAGAAGCACCAGAUCAUGCACAGAGAUGUCAAGCCCUCCAACAUCCUGGUCAACUCUCGCGGGGAGAUCAAGCUGUGCGACUUUGGCGUGAGCGGCCAGCUCAUAGAUUCCAUGGCCAACUCCUUUGUUGGAACGCGCUCCUACAUGUCGCCGGAGAGACUGCAGGGCACUCACUACUCGGUUCAGUCUGACGUGUGGAGCAUGGGUCUGUCCCUGGUGGAGCUGGCGAUUGGCCGCUACCCCAUCCCCCCACCAGACGCCAAAGAGCUGGAAGGUAUCUUCGGACGGGCUGUUAUGGACGGGGCUGAGGGGGAGCCUCACACCAACAUGCAGAGGCCCAGACCACCAGGCAGGCCCGUUAGCGGACAUGGAAUGGACAGUCGACCUGCCAUGGCCAUCUUUGAACUUCUGGACUACAUUGUCAAUGAGCCGCCCCCUAAACUGCCACUUGGAGUCUUCACCAAUGACUUCCAGGACUUUGUGACAAAAUGUUUGAUCAAAAACCCUGCUGAGAGAGCGGAUCUGAAGAUGCUGAUGAGCCACACGUUCAUCAAGCGAUCAGAAGUGGAGGAAGUGGACUUUGCCGGCUGGUUGUGCAAAACCAUGGGCCUCAACCAGCCCAGUACUCCCACCCGCGGCACUGAGUGAACAGACCCCCUCCCUCACUGCCCUGGCAUACCUCUGGGUCGUGCUUGCAUACACAUAAAGAUUCUGCACUUACACAUACACAAGCCAUCACACACAUUGGCACUUUUUUCAUCUAGCUCUUGGGUAAACAUUUCGGCCUCCCCGUUCAUUUAUUUCUUCACCAGCAGUAGGGCCAGCAGUUGAGUCAUUGUACUGUAAGGCCACAGCUCCACCAUGCCAGUGUCAAGAGUAGCCACAACCUCACUUUUCCACAAUGCUACAGAGGAUGUAAAAGCACUGAAGGGCUGCCAGUGUGUCAGCUGAAAUUGCAUUGAUUGACAAACUUUUUUGUAUUGUUGAAUAUUCUGUAUUAAUCUUUUCUAUGGCAACGGUUAAUGGCUUGUUGGACUGUAUUUUAUUAGAUUACCUGCUGUAGAGAUUUCCAAACUGAGAGAAAUCCAAACAUAUGAUCUACUUGCAAAUUUUAAAUUGAUUUUAUUGAAGGUGAAUGCAGGUAUUUCUUUGAUUUAUUCCCAACACAGUUCCCUUGUGAAACAUAUCCAUGCAAAAAUAUUAUCUGCAGACACCUUGCAAUUACCUCCAAUGUAAUGAUCAAAUUUGUGAGUAGACACUGCAGGACAAAUGUUAAUGUAUGGAGUAAGUUUUUUUUUGGGGGGGGGGGGGUAAAUGAGCGAUGACUCUCAAGAUCACUUUGUGAAUAUUGUCACGAACCAAAGAGGGUACUCAUGACUACUAAAGUUUCUCAACGCCUAAUCAUUUUUUUUUUAUUAUUGUAUGCACAUUCAUGCAACAGUAUAUCAAUGUACUCUCUGAAUGUUUUGAUUUCUUUCAUUCAGCGAUCUACACUCCGACUGUUCUGGCAUUGUUUCCUCAGCAUACAUUUCAAAUCACACCCCACGCUGUCUCUCUCACACGGAAGGAGGCAUAUGCUGUGGAGGCCUGAUACGUGCCAGAAUGUCUUUACUGACAUUGAGAAAACUGAUCAAAUUGUAUUCAUGGGAUGAUAUAGCAUGGUUUAUUAUCUUUCUAAUACUGUAUGUGUGUUUUAUUUCCCAAGAUCAUGAUGGGGAUGAUUAGCUGGUGUUUUUAUCAAAAUGCCUGAAUCUCUGCGAUGUUGUUAUGAAAUUUCAAUCACGUUGACUAAUUUGACUUUUUUUCUCUCUUCGUUGUUGGUCCGUACCUUUCCCCUGAAGUGAAUUUGGUUAUGUUUUCACUGUACUGCUACGUGUGACGCUCCAAGCUUUCUCUUGGGACACAACCAGCCUAGAGGUGUGCUUUUGGAAAAUACUUGGGUUGAAAAACUAUUUGAAAACAUUUUCCCUUUUAAUUUAAUCCAAUUAAUUGUGGUGAAAGUAUGAAAAUCGUACAAAGGGUUUGACUGAACAUUUUAACCCAGGUCAGUGUUGGUCACAUGGUGGUGGUGGUGUUACUUGCUAGCCUGCCGUCUUGCUAGAGCUCUUGUAUUCUCUCUGCUUAUGGCUGCCCUUUCUUAUUCCCCUCAAAAUGUGCAUUCGUUCGGAGCAAAAUGAAUGCAUUAUCACUUGUAUGUGUACAAAGCUAUAUACAAAAAUUACAGGAGUACUAUUUUGCAGUCUUAAUAUACAAAUUUUUGAUUUAUGUAAAAGACAAGGGAGAAGAGUCAUUUUAUUAUAAUAUAAAAAUGUGUUGGAUAUGGUUAUAAUGUAUAAAAAAAGAUUAAAAUAAAACUUAUUUGUGAAUGUA